AUGCGACGGCCGCCUCCUCCGGGCCCUGCGGAGGCCCAAGGGUGUGAAGUCGAAGCUCGCUGCCUGAGGAAGCGAGGCCGGAGAGCUGCGUCUGAGUCAGGCGAGGCGGGAGGUUGCGGCCCUGAGACCGGGGGGCGUGAGGAGAACAGGCCGAAGAGGAGAAUGGUGACCCGGGUGUCUGGGAGUGAAGAGGUGGAAAAUGAGACCUCAGCCAAGGAAAAAAGACAAGUUACUGAAGCCUCAAGUGAUGAUCCACAGCCAGGAAAUGACCUGGUAAGGAAGGAAUCAUUAACCAGUUCGGAAUCUUUCCAAACAGUGGAGUGCAGUGAAUUUCAACAUAUGGCUUUUUUGCAGUCUUGUGGUAAGGAAGGUUUGGCUGAAGGUAUUGGAAGAAGAAUUCAACUUAAAAAACGUAAAACUUCAGAGAGUCUACCUGUCAAAAUAACUGAAAAGAAAGCUCCACAAAAUAUUAAGGUUGAAUUCCAAAAUGAACUGUGCAAGAAUACUCCAAAAUAUUCUUGUAACAGCUUGUCACCUGGAGUAGAAAAUAAUUCCAUUUUAAAGUUACAUGAUUGUAAUUGUUUCCCCCAUUUUAAGGGUUAUAAUGAUGAAAACAGCCUUGAAUAUAAACCUGAUGAUGGAUGUAUUCACGUAGCAGAAAAUUCCUCAAAGAAAGACAAUCUUAAAAGUCUUAGAGAGAAGAAUGAUGAAAAUAAUAUUCAACUUUCACAGACUAAAGAAAACUUAAUGGGAGUAAAUACAUUAUUGCGUGAAGAAAGUGAUUUAUACCAAAAUACAAAUGAUGACUUGCUUCCUUGCCUUCAAAGUGAAAAAAAUAAAUAUUUAACAGAGGAUAGCAGUAUUGGGAGGAAACCCAGGAAAAAGAUGAAGUUGUCCGAAAAAGGAGAUGAAACAGUUCUUGAGAUGAACUUCUCCAAUUUAAAUAACAAGCCUGAGUUGGUGUUAAGAGAAAACCACAUUUGUGCUGAAUGUAAAGAAGUAGGUAUUUUACAGAAUGAAAAAGGCUCUGUUAAAGUUUCAAAGAAAGUAAACCAUAACAUACCCUUCCCAAUGGAUCAUUCAUUAAGCCUCCCAGAAGCAGAAGGGAAAAAAACAAGUCCUGAACAUCAUGUAAAGGCUAAAUUUCAGAAAAUUCUUGACCCACUUUUAAAAGAAACAAAGACUGAUUCAGAGAUCCUCGUAUGUAAAAAUGCGGAGCCAGAAGAAUGUUUAAAGUCAGUGAAAAGUUCAACAGUGAAAUCACCCACUGGUACAUCUGGUCUUUCUAAUUAUCAUCAUAUUGAAAGAUCCUCACAGGAAGAGCUGGGAAAUGAAGAUGAAGAAUCAAAGUUAAGCUGCCACAGAACAAUACCAAUGACUGGUAAAAGAACUUGGCCUUGUUACUCGUGUGCUAGAAUAUCUGUCCUCUGUUGGAAAAAGACUUCCGUGCCAGAAUCGAAUUUAUUUCUUUCUGGGUCUAGAGAAAGUUUUACUCAAGAUGAUUUUCUUAAACACCCAACAAAGACGGACUUAACUGAUACCAAAGUAUUAUUACAGAGAUCCGCAACAGAAACAAACGUAGAAUUUUCAAGUCAAGAACAAUUGAAUUCUGAUGUAAAUUAUCUCUCUUCAGUUUCUGCAAUAGAACCUAUAAUCAGUGAUGAUAAAAAAGUGAGAUCAGAGAAUCUGAGCAGAAGUGGGCCAGAGGUAGUUUCAGAUACUGCUGAAGGUUUUCAAUUAAUUAAUGUGACUCAGAGCAUGACAGGAUGUAAAAAAAAAGACAUAGGGAAUUUAGUAAAACCUAAUUUAACAGUGGCUUCCCAGGAUGGUCAGGAAACAAAUAACUAUACAGGCAAAACUAUUAAUCGAAAAGCAUGUAUCGCUAAGCCGACGCUUGUGGUUCCAGAUUUGGUGAAAAUACUGAACACAAGACGACUGACUAAUUUUAAAAUUCCUUUACUUAAGAACAAAGCAGAAAAAAGAAAAAUAAAUAUCAAGUCAUCAGAGAGAGAAGCUUAUAGUCCCCUUGAACUUCUUGACAAUUUGUCUGUAGAGAUAAGACAGUAUAGGAGUAAAGAAAAUGUCUCCACAGUAACUUCAGGACCUCAGUCUUGGAGCAUACAAAACAGUAUAACUCCAGUGCAAGUGAGUUCUGAUUCAUUCUACAGUAAGAAAUCCUAUAGUUUAUCUUCAAGCUCCUCAAAGCAUAGUAAUAAUAAGCCAUCUAAUCACAUCUCCGAACUAGGCAACAUUGUAUCUAACAAGGAAGCUGUUUCUCUCACAGAUGAAUAUAAUACUUUUUUUUGUGAUCCUGGGUGUGUAGAGAAAAGUACUGCCUUCUGUUCUAAUGAAAAAGACACAUUUGAGCCUGUUUGCUCUGAAGAUAGUGGUAAAAAAGUGAGUAAGAGCUUUUCAGAAAUUAAAGUGGAGUUUCCAGACAUUCUUAAAGCAUAUGAAGAUGAUGUCCUCUUAAUUGAUGUAAUUCAGGAUGACCCAGACCUCUUUGGAGUUUCCAAUGAAGGGGAGCUUUCUUUUACUUCAGAAGUCCCCGUGAUAAACUCAGAGCCCAAUGUUCCUGAAGUGAACCAAACAGAAGACGCCAAGCACAUGGAACUUCCAGGAAAAAAAGAACCAAGUGAUGACUUGAGAGAUCUUCCUGUACUGGACCCUGGAUUGAAGAAGCCAGACAUCUGUGCUUCCUUGUUAUCAGCAAAUGAAAUAAAGCAUGAAUCCACAGGUAUAAAUAUUUCCUUUGGAGAUGUUACCAAUGAAACCUCCGAAAAUGAAAAACUGGGAGACUUAAGUGAACACAUAACAGGAUCAGAUUUGGAUGAGAAGUAUAGAUUUCCAGGCAAGAUAACUAUUAAAGAAGAAAAAGAAAAUAUUUAUGAAGACUGCGAAAGCAAAGACUUGAAAAAUGUAGAGAUUAUACCUGGUGAAUGUCAGUUAGCAGCACUGGGUCCAAAACCUCUGUAUUUAUUGGUGCCACCGUUAAAUCUAAGUGCUCAUCAAGAAGACUCAAUCCUGAGACCCUGGAUGAAUGAUUUCAGAUUUCCAGGAAAACAUUCUCUUUUAAAGUUGCAGAAUCCUGAAGCUAGUGAAAUAUUUAAAAGGGAAAAAAAUCUAGGAGUGUUCCAGAAACCUCUAGGGUUAAUUAUACCUCAUAGAUACUGCAAAUUUCAUUUUAAUACUUUACGUGGCUGUGAACGAUCACAGUGUAAGUUUACUCAUGUCCCUGAGCAAGGAGAUGAAAAGGUUUGCAUGGAUGCGUUUAAGAAAUAUAUAAAUAUUGAUGAGUUGUGUUUGCUACAACGUGCAGUCAACAUUUUUAUGGAGUACUACAGAAAGUUCCCUCCAGGUAUACACUUUGAUUUACAAGUGCUAAAUGACCUUCUGAAUUCUUUACUCAAACAUUGUUUAUUGAAAGAAGUAUUUCAGGUAGUGAACCUCAGCAUAAUGCUUAAAAUGCUGCCUGCUCUGAAAAUAUUACUAAAUAUAUUUGAGCAUGUGGCAACUAUGAACUUAAGGAAUGCAAUACCUGCUUUAAUUGAUAUGUUUUGCAAGCUUGUUGAAGCUGGGAUGGUACUUGACCCAGAACACUUUAACUAUAUUGUUAAGCUCUUAUACCAAGUACAAGCUUCCAAACAAGAAAUAACUGUGGUUAUGAACUUAAAAUCCAGGUUACAGAUGAGGCCAUUUAAAAAGAAAUGGAAGUGUGAUUUAGAUUCAGCCUUGAUUGAAAUACAGUGCUGUAAAGAAAAAGGCGACUGGACCAAAUUGGGAAAUUUAUACGUUAAUGUAAAAGUAGGCUGUGAAAAAUUUGCAGAUUUCCAGAGAUUUUGUGCUUGUAUUGCUGAAACAUUAACAAAAGACUUUAAAGAAGAAAUACCAGGUGUACCUUUUUGUGAAUUUGCUGAAACAGUUAGCAAAGAAAUACAAAAUAGUGAAGUAGAUAAAGGUUUGCUGGGAAGAAUCGGAAUCAGUGCUUUGUACUUCUAUCAUAAACUGUUACAGUGGUCCAAGGGAAGGAAGGUCUUAGAUAAACUGUAUGAAUUAAAAAUACAUUUUACAAGUUUAAAAGGACUUACAGGGCCUGAGAAGGUAGCACCAAGAUGUCAAAUUGUGAAUAUUGCAGCAGAAAUUUUUCUCAAAAGUGGAAGUCUAGAUGGUGCCAUUUGGGUAUUGAGAGAGUCAGAUUGGAUCAUCAGUAACCCACUCUGGCCUUGUGACAGACUGGAUGUGCUCAGUCGACAUAAUCUGCUCUGCACAAUUGCACAUGAGGCCUUAGCCAAGAGCCUUUAUGGAGAGACAUUUGAAGUUUUGAAAAAUCUACCAGGUUUUCAAGAUUCUCAAGAAACUGUGGAUGUCUCACAGUAUAGUCUUCUUUUCAAUAAGCUUCUAGAUGCCUGUAUAGAAAGCAACAGUCUUGGCAUGUCUUCCUCUGUAACAGAAUUCAUGAUUUCAAAGAGCAUCCCCAUUGAUUUUUCCUUUCUUAGAAGAUUAAUUACUUCUUUAGGAAGGAGUUGUUUAUGGCUCAAAGCCAGAAACCACUACAAAAGUGCUCUCUCUCUGGGCUGCUAUCCACCAUUGGAAGGAAAUUUAUACCGAAAACUUCUACUGAUUCCUUCUUACUUAUCUGAGAUUGAAAUGCUCUUAGCUAUUGAAAUUUUCUUGGUCUCUAAUGCUAGUAGCAUUCAGAGUCCUGGAACUUCUACACAGAUACUGCAGAUAGUUUUGAAAAGAUGUGAAAAAAACAAACCUCGGAGCAAGGAUGAUUAUCAGACCGCAGUAGACAGAUUAAUUAUGGCUGCCCAGAUAUCGAAUCCAAAACUUUUCAUUAAGCACAUGACUGUUAAUGUUAAUAAGGAACAGGUUUAUAGUUUAGAACAUUGUUCUGCCUUGAAAUGGCUGAAGGAGAAUAUGAAAUGGGCUGGAAAGGUUUGGCUUUUCAGUAACCAUUAG